AUGCUCAUCAAGCUCGGCCGUUCACCAGACGAGAUCAUCACUGUUUCUCCGGCCGACGAUGCCCGGAUCCUUCGCCGUAUCGACAUCGCCCUGCUUCCGCUUAUGCUAUCUGUGUACUUUCUUCAGGCCCUCGACAAAGCCACGCUAUCGUAUGCGUCCAUCUUCGGCCUCAUCGAUGACACGGAUUUAGUUGGCGACGAGUUCUCGUGGCUCGGUAGCAUUGUUUACCUAGCACAACUCAUCAUGCAACUGCCUUUGGCAUGGGCUCUGGUCAAGCUGCCGAUCGGCAAAUUCACGAGUGCCAUGGUUCUUGCUUGGGGAAUCACCUUGGCGGGAAUGACGUGGGCGCACACUUUUGGACAACUCAUGGCUGCUCGUUUCUUUUUGGGUGCCUUUGAAGCUUGCGUUGGUCCGGCCUUUGUUGCUAUAACGCAAAUGUGGUGGAGGCGAAGGGAGCAGACGAUGAGAAUUGGUUCUUGGUAUUGCAUGAAUGGGUUGACCUGGGUGUUUGGAAGUCUCAUUACCUAUGGGCUUGCCAGCAUAGAUUCAAGCAUGAAGCCCUAUCAGAUCAUAUUUCUUUUCUUUGGCGUCCUAACUGUCGCGGUAUCUGGAGCCAUGUUCUUUUGGAUGCCCGAUUCUCCCACCGAAGCAAAGUUUCUCAGCGAUGAAGACAAAAUCCUUGCUAUAGAACGACUUCGCAACAAUCAGAUGGGGGUCAUGUCGCGAGAAUGGAGAUACGCUCACUUCUUUGAGACUUUGCAAGAUCCCAAAACCUGGCUGUGGGUUGUCAUGAUCUUUUGCAUCUCAGUGCCUUCAAAUGGCGUAUCGACUUUUGGACCACUCAUCAUCAAAUCCUUUGUUACAGACCCGUACAGAACAAUAUUAUUCAAUGUUCCGGUUGGUUUGUCGCAUGUCUUGGCUGUUUCAUUGAGUGCGUAUGCAUCAAUGAAGUGGAAGCUCAAAGGGCCGGUUAUUGUCCUCUUGUGUAUCCCACCAAUCAUUGGGUUUUCGAUUCUGCUACAUUUCCCACACGAUAUCGAGCAUCGAGCGAUUUUGCUUGCAGGAUAUUUUUGCCUUUCCACAUUCACAGGCAUCACACCACUCAUCUAUUCGUGGUCUGCGCAGAACACGGCUGGAGAUACCAAGCGUAAAUGCACCUCGGCACUGGUGUUUAUUGGUUCGUCUGCUGGAAAUAUCGUCGGGCCCUUGCUUUUCACACCUGAUGAAGCUCCGUCAUAUUCCAGAGGCUUACGGGCGAACAUUGUGUUUUUCGUCAUGGUUAUUUUAUUUGUUGGCAUUACAUCACUGUAUCUGAGAUAUCUCAAUUCCGAUCACGCCAAUCGAAGAGUGGCACUAGGAAAGAAUGCAGUUAUUCUAGACAUGAGUUUGGAAACGGCAGAAGAGGUGGAGCGCAUGGAGUCAUUGGAGCAAGCGAUGCGAGAGGGAACCCAAAGACUUUCUGAAGAAAACGGUGAUACUCGAUUGGGAGGGGAUGAAGAGAAUGGAGUGCAACCGGAUGAUCUCAAGGGCCGAAAAGCCUUUGCAGACAUCACUGACCUCGAGAAUGAGGAUUUUGUCUUUGUGUUUUGA